AUGGUUGAAUGUGUUUUGAGAAGAUAUAGAAAAAGGAAGGGACUACUAGAAACGAUCGAAGACUUGACAAACUAUUACAAACCGCAAUUGAAUCACCUUGGAAAGGUAGCGUUGAAUGGUUUACUUGACGAUAAGUUGGAUUUUAAUGAAAGUGAAUUGAGAAACCAUGCAAAAGACCUGACUGAAUUUGGAUUUCUGUCAGUGCAGCCUGGUGGCAGCAAACUGAGACAAACACUGCAUUAUGCCUUCUUACAUAAAAGUUUUCAAGAAUUCUUUGCAGCACUCUUCAUUUGUUCUCAGAUUCAAAGCAAGGAAAUGAAACCUGAAGAACUAGUUUCCGAUCCAAGGUAUUUCGUUGAACUUAAACAAAUACUUUUGUUUUCAUGUGGAAUUUUGGCCAUGAAAUGCAAUGAACAAGUUGUGGCUCUUGUAAAGAGUUUAACAAAUGAAGUCAACAAAAAUAAAGGAUGUGGUACAAAAAUUGUAUUGGAAGCCAUCAACGAAUCUAAAGAGAAAAAAGCGAUUUUCACUCGUAUUUAUCGAAGUCGUUUGGAACUGGUUUGAAUCUGACCAAUUUGAAUUUGUUAAAUAAUGAUAUUAGUGAUGCGGGUGCUACAUGUAUUGCUGAGGCAAUCAAAGUGAACAAGACGCUAACCAAUUUGGAUUUGUCUUUCAAUGGUAUUAGUGCUGCGGGUGCCACAUGUAUUGCUGAGGCAAUCAAAGUGAACAAGACGCUAACCAAUUUGGAUUUGUCUUGGAAUCGUAUUAGUGCUGCGGGUGCUACAUGUAUUGCUGAGGCAAUCAAAGUGAACAAGACGCUAACCAAUUUGGAUUUGUCUGGGAAUGAUUUUAGUGCUGCAGGUGCUACAUGUAUUGCUGAGGCAAUCAAAGUGAACAAGACACUAACCAAUUUGAAUUUGUCUGAGAAUGAUUUUAGUGCUGCGGGUGUUACAUGUAUUACUGAGGCAAUCAAAGUGAACAAGACGCUAACCAAUUUGGAUUUGUCUCACAAUGGAAUUAGUGCUGCGGGUGCCACAUGUAUUGCUGAGGCAAUCAAAGUGAACAAGACGCUAACCAAUUUGAAUUUGUCUCGGAAUCGUAUUAGUGCUGCGGGUGCUACAUGUAUUGCUGAGGAAAUGAAAGUGAACAAGACGUUAACCAAUUUGAAUUUGUCUGGGAAUGAUUUUAGUGCUGCAGGUGCUACAAGUAUUGCUGAGGCAAUCAAAGUGAACAAGACGCUAACCAAUUUGGAUUUGCGAAAGAAUGGUGUUAGUGAUGCGGGUGCUACAUGUAUUGCUGAGGCAAUCAAAGUGAACAAGACGCUAACCAAUUUGGAUUUGCGAAAGAAUGGUGUUAGUGAUGCGGGUGCUACAAGUAUUGCUGAGGCAAUCAAAGUGAACAAGACGCUAACCAAUUUAAAUUUGCGAAGCAAUGGUAUUAGUGAUGCGGGUGCUACAUGUAUUGCUGAGGCAAUCAAAGUGAACAAGACGCUAACCAAUUUAAAUUUGCGAAGCAAUGGUAUAAGUGAUGCGGGUGCUACAUGUAUUGCUGAGGCAAUCAAAGUGAACAAGACGCUAACCAAUUUGGAUUUGCGAAAGAAUGGUGUUAGUGAUGCGGGUGCUAGAAGUAUUGCUGAGGCAAUCAAAGUGAGCAAGACGCUAACCAAUUUGAAUUUGUCUCGGAAUGAUGUUAGUGAUGCGGGUGCUAAAUGUAAUGCUGAGGCAAUCAAAGUGAACAAGACGCUAACCAAUUUGGAUUUGUCUUACAAUUAUCUUAGUGAUGCGGGUGCUACAUGUAUUGCUGAUGCAAUCAAAGUGAACAAGACGCUAACCAAUUUGGAUUUGUCUUACAAUUAUCUUAGUGAUGCGGGUGUUACAUGUAUUGCUGAGGCAAUCAAAGUGAAGAAGACGCUAACCAAUUUAAAUUUGUCUGGGAAUGAUUUUAGUGCUGCGGGUGCUACAAGUAUUGCUGAGGCAAUCAAAGUGAACAAGACGCUAACCAAUUUGAAUUUGUCUGGGAAUGAUUGUAGUGCUGCGGGUGCUACAAGUAUUGCUGAGGCAAUCAAAGUGAACAAGACGCUAACCAAUUUAAAUUUGCGAAGCAAUGGUAUUAGUGAUGCGGGUGCUACAUGUAUUGCUGAGGCAAUCAAAGUGAACAAGACGCUAACCAAUUUAAAUUUGCGAAGCAAUGGUAUUAGUGAUGCGGGUGCUACAUGUAUUGCUGAGGCAAUCAAAGUGAACAAGACGCUAACCAAUUUGGAUUUGCGAAAGAAUGGUGUUAGUGAUGCGGGUGCUACAAGUAUUGCUGAGGCAAUCAAAGUGAACAAGACGCUAACCAAUUUAAAUUUGCGAAGCAAUGGUAUUAGUGAUGCGGGUGCUACAUGUAUUGCUGAGGCAAUCAAAGUGAACAAGACGCUAACCAAUUUAAAUUUGUGA